CUUCUUUGUUGGGGUUUGAAUCAUUCUCCCACUUCCCAGUCUCCUCCUCUGCUGCCCUUCUUCUCCCCCCUUCCGAUUUCUUAACUCCCCGAGCGCCCCAAAAUCACGCACCCAGAGAGUGGAGGGGAGCGGAGAGGCCGCGCCCCAAACCCAAACCCUAGCCCACACACGACGCGACGCCGAUGGGGUGCGCGCAGGGCAAGUGCUGCCUGCCGCGGCACCCGAGGAGGGGCUCCUCCUGCGCCGUCGGCGGCCGCGGCGACCACGGCGGCGCCACGCUCGGCCGCGCCGCGGUGCCCGGGGCCGGGCUGGUGCUGGAGUACGCCGCGCUGGCCGUGGCGGGCCUCUACCCGGACUCCCCGGCCCGGGAGUCCCAGGACGCGCACCUCGUCGCCACGCGCUUCGCGGGGGACCCGGACCUCCACCUCUUCGCCGUCUUCGACGGCCACGGCGCCGCCGGCGCCGCCUGCGCCGGGUUCGCGCGGGACGCGCUCCUGCGCCUCCUCCUCGCGUCCCCCUCCCUCGCCGCCGACCCCGCCGCCGCGUUCCGCGAGGCCAUGCUGGGCGCCAACGCCGAGAUGCACGCCGCGCCCGGGGUCGACGACUCCAUGAGCGGCACCACCGCCGUGGCAGCCCUCGUCGCCGGCGGCGCGCUCCACGUCGCCAACGUCGGCGACUCGCGCGCCGUCGCCGGGGUCUGGCGCGCCGGCCGCGUCGUCGCCGAGGACCUCUCCUGGGACCAGACCCCGUUCCGCGCGGACGAGCGCGCGCGCGUCAAGGCCUGCGGCGCCCGCGUCAUGUCCGUCGAGCAGGUGGAGGGCAUGCGCGACCCGGAGGCCGAGGGCUGGGCGCCCGACGAGGGGGACCCGCCCCGCGUCUGGGCGCGCGACGGCCUCUACCCCGGCACCGCCUUCACCCGCAGCCUCGGGGACCUCGCAGCCGAGGCCGUCGGAGUCGUCGCCGAGCCGGAGGUCAAGAGCGUUGAGAUCACUCCAUCGCACCUUUUCUUCGUUGUCGCCAGCGAUGGCGUCUUCGAGUUCCUCUCCAGCCAGGAAGUUGUUGACAGGGUUGCUACAUAUCCAGAUCCUCGAGAUGCCUGCUCAGCAAUCGCUGCUGAGUCAUACAAACUAUGGCUGGAGCACGAAAACAGGACAGAUGAUAUAACAAUAGUCAUUGUGCAUAUCCGAGACAUGGAAAAUUCAGGUCCUGCAGGGAGUGACAAAGCAGACUAUGGUAGUGUCGGGGCAUCAAUAGCUGUGCACACAAUACAGUCCGAGAUACCUGUAUUUGUGCAAUCAGAAGCAAGUCACAUGAACAGAUCUGCUGCUACUGGAAUGCAAUCACCGUCUUCUGGCUCUCCAACAGAACGAAGCCUCUCAUGUGUUGCUCCUUCUCCUACGCACCCUUUGCUGAUACAUGGCAGAAUAUCAGAUGCUUCCAAGCCUGUGCAAAGUGAGCGGGCUGCAACACAGGAGGUGCAAACUUGGCAUCAAAUGGACGGGGGCACUGAGCUGGAGUGGUCUAUGCAACAAAGCAUCCCUCCAGCCUCCUGAAAGUGGAGUAUGUAAGUUGAAUGACAAAAAGAGGCCUCAAAAUAACCCACCGCCAUCCUCCGGAGCUACUAACCGUACCAUGGAUGUGAUGUUUGCCAGCAGCAAAUCUCGUGUUGUUGCUCGUGUUUUGGUAGAGCACCUGCUGCUGCCGACGAUGCAAGGUUUCUGAUCCUGUGUGGGAUCGUCUAACCAUGGGCUGAUUGGUUGGCGAUGGACGCCACCAGAAGUGCUGUCCGUGGAAUGGAGCUAUUCUCCGUUUCAUUUGUACUUUGUUAACUUUCACAGGAUAUAAAUUUAUUUAAGUUGAUGCCCGUCGUGGUAUGACUUGAGACGCAAUCGUGCAAUGCCAUCCUGCCACAGAAUUAGAAUCUGGAAUCGAAAUGCCAGUGCCGUGCAGAACAGAUCAGCUGGGUGCCUUUUUAGAUGCAGAAAACGAAUAUGGGUCGCUGUUUGUUUUUGCGCUCGUUGAGUUGAUUACGAUCAAGAAACGUUGCUUGUCGAUGCAAA